CCCAGCAUCACCUCCAUCUCCCUUCUCUUCCCACCGUCUUUCAAUCGGAGUCCAGGAGCAAGGCUUGACUUUCUCUCUUCCUCUGUUACUACCACCCGUCACAAUGCAACGAACACUAGCCUCGAGAGCGCGGACUUCGGUCCUAUCUUCGAGCUCGAAGCUACGCACAUCAAGCUUCAACCUCCAACAACAGCGAUUUGCGCACAAAGAGCUCAAGUUUGGCGUCGAGGGCCGGGCAGCUUUGCUGAAUGGCAUCGAGACUCUCGCAAAGGCCGUCGCCACAACACUGGGUCCCAAGGGCCGGAAUGUGCUAAUCGAGUCACCUUAUGGCUCACCAAAAAUUACAAAGGAUGGUGUCACCGUCGCGAAAGCCAUCACCCUCAAGGACAAGUUCGAGAACCUAGGUGCUCGUCUAAUCCAGGACGUUGCAUCCAAGACCAACGAGGUUGCCGGUGAUGGAACUACUACCGCCACUGUCCUUGCCCGUGCCAUUUUCUCCGAGACCGUCAAGAACGUCGCAGCUGGAUGCAACCCAAUGGAUUUGCGAAGAGGAACCCAGGCCGCCGUGGAGGCCGUCGUCGAAUACCUACAAUCGCACAAGAAGGAUAUCACCACCAGCGAAGAAAUCUCCCAGGUCGCCACCAUCUCUGCCAACGGGGACACCCACAUUGGCAAGCUCCUAUCGAACGCGAUGGAGAAGGUCGGCAAGGAGGGCGUCAUCACCGUGAAGGAGGGAAAGACGACCGAGGAUGAGCUCGAGGUUACCGAGGGCAUGAAGUUCGACCGCGGAUACAUCUCGCCCUACUUCAUCACCGAUGCCAAGACUGCGAAGGUGGAAUUCGAGAAGCCGCUGAUCCUUCUCUCAGAGAAGAAGAUCUCGGCUGUGCAAGACAUCGUCCCUGCUUUGGAGGCUUCCCAGCAGCUCCGCCGACCCCUCGUCAUCAUUGCCGAGGAUAUCGAUGGUGAGGCUCUUGCUGUGUGCAUUCUCAACAAGCUCCGUGGCCAGCUUCAAGUCGCUGCCAUCAAGGCUCCCGGCUUCGGUGACAACCGCAAGUCUAUCCUCGGCGACCUCGGUGUCCUCACCAACGCUACCGUCUUCACCGACGAGCUUGACCUCAAGCUCGAGAAGGCCACUGUCGACCAUCUCGGAUCCACCGGCUCCAUUACAAUCACGAAGGAGGACACCGUCAUUCUAAAUGGUGAGGGUAGCAAGGAUGCUGUCGUCCAGCGCUGCGAGCAGAUCCGCGGUGUGAUGGCUGAUCCUACCACCUCUGAGUACGAGAAGGAGAAGCUCCAGGAGCGUCUUGCUAAGCUCUCUGGUGGUGUUGCCGUUAUCAAGGUUGGUGGAGCCUCCGAAGUCGAGGUCGGCGAGAAGAAGGAUCGGAUAGUCGAUGCUCUCAACGCCACACGCGCUGCCGUUGAGGAGGGUAUUUUGCCCGGAGGUGGAACCGCUCUCCUCAAGGCAGCUGCCAAUGCGCUCAAGGACCUCAAGCCCGCCAACUUCGACCAGCAACUCGGUGUGAGCAUCAUCAAGAACGCCAUCACUCGUCCCGCACGAACGAUUGUUGAAAACGCUGGUGCUGAGGGAGCCGUCAUUGUUGGCAAGCUCAUGGACGAGUUCGGUGCCGACUUCAACAAGGGCUUCGACAGCGCCAAGGGUGAAUACGUUGACAUGAUAUCUGCCGGUAUCCUUGACCCCUUCAAGGUCGUUCGCACCGCUCUUACCGACGCCAGCGGUGUUGCAUCCCUACUAGGAACGACCGAAGUCGCCAUUGUAGAAGCACCAGAAGAGAAGGGCCCGCCACCAGGAAUGGGCGGUGGAGGUAUGGGUGGCAUGGGCGGUAUGGGUGGAGGCAUGUUCUAGAUGCAAAGCGUGGCUUGCUACAUCCUAACGUCUCACUGCAUCGCGCCCCACUUGUAUACCCUUUCCCUCUCCCGAUUCUCCCGGCUGUUUUGUACAUGAUGGCGGGAUUGCUCAGCUCUCCACUCUCUUCACCCAACCUUUUCAUCAACCCUAGCGAGCGAAAUCUUGUUUUGGGAUUGUUCUGGUACUGUACCAUAUCAUGUUUACAUAGCGACUGGGAAAGAUGGGAGG